AGAUGCUCGGGCCCUCGGGGCUGCGCGCCGCUCCGCGGGAAGGCAGCGGGCAAGUGGUCUGAGGCGGCGGCGAGGGCGGCAGCAACCGCCAGCGGAGAGCAGGGGAUUUUGAAAAGAGACAACCAUUCCCUCUCGCGCGCGGAGGGGGAGGCUUUCGCGUGUCCCCACAUGAGGAAGAGCCACAAGAAACCAUGAAGUAAAAAAACUUUGGAAACCUGCCACCGGAGAUGCUGCACACAAACCUGGGAUGUUUCAGGAAGCUCCUCCCGGUCGUUGGAGGUUUGAGGAGCAGCUGAUACCCAAGAGGGCUCUUGCAAGGAUUCAAGUUCUGGAGCCCUGGAGGAGCAGCACUGAGGCAGAGAGCGUGGCAAGAGAAUGAAGAAACCAACUGCCUGGGGGAAGCAUGAGGUGGCAGUGUGGCACUCAGCUUAGAGGGCUUUGGCUGGCAGCAGCCCCAUGGGCAGCCCUGCUGGCACUGGCCCUGCCCAGUUGGGUGCUGGCUGUCUCAGCCACAGUAGCUGCUGCAGGAGUCCCUGAGCAGCAUGCCUCCUCAGCUGGCCAGCCACCCCUGGACUGGCUGCUCACAGACCGAGGACCCUUCCACCGUGCGCAGGAGUAUGCUGACUUCAUGGAGCGGUACCGCCAGGGGUUCACCACCAGGUACAGGAUCUACAGGGAGUUUGCACGCUGGAAAGUGAACAGCCUGGCUCUAGAAAGAAAGGACUUCUUCAGCUUGCCUUUACCUCUUGCCCCAGAGUUUGUUCGUAAUAUCCGCCUCCUUGGAAGGAGGCCCAACCUGCAGCAGGUUACCGAAAACCUGAUCAAAAAGUACGGCACUCAUUUCUUACUUUCUGCCACCCUUGGAGGAGAAGAAUCUCUGACCAUUUUUGUGGACAAGCGGAAAUUGAGCAGAAAGACAGAAUCAACAGGAGGUGGCUCUGCUGUUGGGGGCAGUGGGAACAACUCUGCUGUGUCCCUGGAGACCCUGCACCAGCUGGCAGCCUCCUACUUCAUCGACAGAGAGAGCACAUUGCGGCGGCUGCAUCACAUCCAGAUUGCCACAGGAGCCAUCAAGGUCACAGAGACCAGGACCGGUCCUCUGGGCUGUAGCAACUAUGACAAUCUGGACUCGGUCAGCUCUGUCCUGGUGCAGAGUCCUGAGAACAAAGUGCAGUUACUGGGCCUUCAGGUCCUGCUGCCUGAGUACCUGCGCGAGCGCUUUGUGGCAGCAGCACUCAGCUACAUCACGUGCAGCUCAGAGGGUGAGCUGGUCUGCAAAGAGAAUGACUGCUGGUGCAAGUGCAGCCCCACAUUCCCAGAAUGCAAUUGCCCUGACACCGACAUCCAGGCCAUGGAGGACAGCUUGCUGCAGAUCCAGGACUCCUGGGCCACACACAACCAGCAGUUUGAGGAGUCAGAAGAGUUCCAGGCCCUGCUGAAAAGACUGCCCGAUGAUCGGUUCCUGAACUCCACAGCAAUCUCCCAGUUCUGGACCAUGGACACCAGCCUCCAGCACCGAUACCAGCAGCUGGGAGCCAGCCUGAAACUACUGUUCAAGAAGACACAUCGGAUCGUCCGCCGUCUCUUCAAUCUCUGCAAACGCUGCCAUCGGCAGCCUCGCUUCCGCCUGCCCAAGGAGAGGUCACUGUCCUACUGGUGGAACCGAAUCCAGUCUCUCCUCUACUGUGGAGAAAGCACCUUCACUGGCACCUUCCUAGAGCAGAGCCACAGCUGUACCUGCCCCUAUGACCAAUCGUCCUGCCAGGGCCUCAUCCCAUGUGCUUUGGGAGAAGGCCCUGCAUGUGCCCACUGUGCUCCAGACAACAGCACGCGCUGUGGGAGCUGUAACCCAGGCUACGUGCUGGCCCAGGGGCUGUGCAGGCCAGAGGUGGCUGAGUCCCUGGAGAACUUUCUUGGGCUGGAGACAGACCUACAGGAUCUGGAGCUGAAGUACCUGCUACAGAAGCGGGACAGCCGCAUUGAGGUCCACUCCAUCUUUAUCAGCAAUGACAUGCGCCUAGGCAGCUGGUUUGACCCUUCCUGGAGGAAGCGCAUGCUCCUCACUCUGAAGAGCAACAAGUAUAAGCCUGGGCUGGUGCAUGUGAUGUUGGCCUUGUCCUUGCAGAUCUGCCUCACCAAGAACAGCACCCUGGAGCCUGUCAUGGCCAUCUAUGUCAACCCCUUUGGGGGCAGCCACUCUGAGAGCUGGUUCAUGCCCGUAAAUGAGGGCAACUUCCCAGACUGGGAAAGGACGAAUGUGGAUGCGGCUGCCCAGUGCCAAAACUGGACUAUCACCUUGGGCAACAGGUGGAAGACCUUCUUUGAGACAGUCCAUGUUUACCUACGGAGCCGAAUCAAGUCCCUGGAUGACAGCUCCAAUGAGACAAUCUACUAUGAACCCUUGGAGAUGACUGAUCCCUCCAAGAAUUUGGGCUAUAUGAAAAUCAAUACCCUGCAGGUCUUUGGCUAUAGCCUGCCCUUUGACCCGGAUGCUAUCCGGGAUUUAAUUCUCCAGCUGGACUACCCAUACACUCAAGGUUCCCAGGACUCUGCCCUUCUACAGCUCAUUGAGCUGAGGGACCGGGUGAACCAACUCUCUCCACCUGGCAAAGUCCGGCUCGACCUUUUCUCUUGUUUGCUCCGGCAUCGGCUCAAGCUGGCUAACAAUGAGGUGGGCAGGAUCCAGUCUUCUCUGAGGGCUUUCAAUUCAAAGCUGCCAAAUCCUGUGGAGUAUGAGACGGGCAAGCUAUGUAGCUAAUGGGGAGCUUGGCCCUGUGCCGGGCAGGGAGAUGCUCCACAAAUCCAGGGUGCAAGGCUGAUCCAAGCUCUCACCUUAGUGCCAACACGGUGCUCCCAUAAGACUUCCAGCACGUAGGAUAUGGGACCUGGAGGCUUGGACUGAAGCGGGCAGGAGAAAAAGAGACAGCCACUACGCACAUGCACACACUCACACACAUGCACACUCCCACAGGAGGCUACGACUCAGCAGCCUCACAUCUGUAAAGUCGGUGCUUUUUAAAAAAUGAAGUCAGUUGAAGGAGACGAGCCAAGGAAGAGAUAUCGCAAGUGAAGCAGCCAAAUCAUGAAACAAACAAGCAAAAUUCCUUCAAAGUGAUUCUUGUCAUUUGGGACAGCAAGAGGGGACAAAAACGUAGAAGGGGUGGGAGUUCUUCCUCCCUCUCUGUGGAGUCACUUUUGUAUUCUUUUUAAUCAGAUUUCUUAAAAUGUUGUUGUUCUGUGGCUCCUGACAUUGGUUCUUACUUUUUGUAUGCUGCCUCCUCAGGGCCCUCAGGGCCACAGGCUGACUGCUGCUGCAGCUGCCCCCUGAGGCAACAUGAGACAUGUCACCCACAUGGGGAGCACAGCUAAGGACAGGCGGCAGCCUCCUUGCUCAGUCCCCUCCACCCAAGCCCCUCACCUCCUUGGUCUCCCCAGUUUCAGGGUCUUGACUCGUUCCAAGUCCCCCUGUGGUCCAUCCAGAGCUCCUUUCCCAAAGCACCUGCUGUC